GAAUUGAGACAGAACAAGCCCGUGUGUGUUUCCAUCUGAGUGCAUCGCUCUUACCCUCUCAGUAGCCUACUAGUGUGUGUGCGUGUCUCAGUGUGUGUUGUCACUGUCCUCCAACCUACUCCCAGCUCAGCAUGGCCAGAUUUACACAGAGUGAAAGCAGAAGGCAUCAGCAGCAGCAUCAUCCCCAGCCGCCUCAUCCCGCCCCCGUCAACCUGCUUCUACCACAGCCGCUCUUACUUAUCCCUCAUCAGCAUCAGCUCGAUCACAGCCCUGUUCCGAAGCCCAUGAACGGACCCGAAACCGUCUCCAUGCACACGGACAGCGGCGCCAUGAAAGACCAGGACGCCAUCAAGCUCUUCAUUGGACAGAUACCGCGGAACCUCGAGGAAAAAGACCUGAAACCUCUCUUUGAGCAGUUUGGGAAAAUCCACGAAUUGUCUGUUCUGAAGGACCGAUACACAGGCAUGCAUAAAGGAUGUGCAUUUCUCACCUACUGUGCCAGGGAGUCUGCCAUCAAAGCCCAGAAUGCAUUGCAUGAGCAGAAAACCCUACCUGGGAUGACUCGUCCCAUCCAAGUGAAACCAGCUGACAGUGAGUGUCGUGGAGAGGACAGGAAGCUGUUUGUGGGGAUGCUGAAUAAGCAGCAGACUGAGGAGGACGUGUAUCGCCUCUUUGAGCCCUACGGUGCCAUCGAGGAGUGCACCGUGCUAAGAGGUCCUGACGGAAACAGCAAAGGUUGUGCGUUUGUGAAGUUCUCUACUCACUCUGAAGCUCAGUCUGCUAUCAGCUCCCUGCACGGGAGUCAGACCAUGCCUGGAGCGUCAUCCAGCCUGGUGGUGAAGUUUGCAGACACAGACAAGGAGAGAACCCUACGGCGCAUGCAGCAGAUGGCUGGACAGUUUGGCAUGUUUAACCCCUCUGUCUCUCUACCCACGUUCACUAGCUACAGCAGCUACACACAUGCCUUGAUGCAGCAGCAGCAGGCUGCGGUGAUGGCGGUGUCUCAGGGGGGCUACCUGGCCCCCAGCCUCUCCUUCCCCUCCGCCCAGCUCCACCAGGUGGGGGCGCUAACCAUGAAUGGCCUGCCGCUCAACUCCGUGUCAGUGAGUUUGUAUUCCCCCCCUGCAGGUCUGAGCUCCCCUCCGUCCACCAUGCCCUCCUCCCUGCCCAGUCUGGUGACCCCCAUGAUGAACGGGUAUACGGGCCUCGCCCCCCAGGCUAACGUGCACCCUCUGGAGACCCUCUACACCAACGGCCUGCCCCCCUACUCCACCCAGAGCCCCACUGCUGCAGACACACUGCAACAAACCUUUACUGGGGUACAGCAAUACACAGCCAUCUACCCAGCGACUACACUGACGCCUGUAGGUCAGUCUCUGGCACAGCACCCUCAAGUCAUUGGCCAACAACAGAGGGAAGGUGAGGGACCAGAGGGCUGUAACCUGUUCAUCUACCACCUGCCCCAGGAGUUUGGGGAUAACGAGCUGAUGCAAAUGUUCCUGCCUUUCGGCAAUGUCAUCUCCUCCAAGGUAUUCAUGGACAGAGCCACCAAUCAGAGCAAGUGUUUUGGCUUUGUGAGCUUUGAUAACCCGGGUAGUGCCCAGGCUGCCAUCCAGGCCAUGAAUGGUUUCCAGAUCGGCAUGAAGAGACUAAAGGUGCAGCUGAAACGUCCCAAAGACGCCAGCCGUCCCUACUGACACCCCCCAGCAUAGGUUUAAACAGAAGUAUGGAGGACGUCUUUGAUGGAAUAAGACAUUUCGUGAAGGAACAAACUCAAAAGUUAUUCUGUUUUUAAAACAAUGGAAAAUAGACUUCAUAUGGGAGUUGGGAAGAGAUAUGCUUUCAUCUUCAAACAUAUCUGACUGGGAGACGACAGGACUCGCAGCUCUGCAGCAGUGAAAGUUUGGUAUUACAGACAGAGAGCAAUGGGAUAGAACAAGACUUUCAAAACAAACAUAUUUUUUUUGUUGUUGAUACAAACAGAAACAACUUUGAACAGUUCAGCAUCUUUGGAGACUUGGUAGUGAAGAAGAACACCACAAGCAGACUAACAAGCAAUGCUAAAAAGGAUUUGGAUUUCUGAUAGACUCAAAGAGCAUAGUGAACAAGAGACUUCAGGUUUUUCCUACCUUGUAAUGAACGAAUAAGGGUUCAAACUUGAUCUGAGGAUGCCCGGUAUAUCUGGGAAGAGAUUAUUUCAAUGUUCCUUUCUUUCUCUCUCUCUCUGUCUCUCUUUCUCUCUCUCCUCUUUAUCCUUUCUCUGUGAGUCCCAAGCUUGCAACUUUCUCAAGUUUCCAUAGCAACCAAGCAAACUGCACCCCCUUGGGAUCGGAGGACCAAAUGUUUUUCCUCUUUCUCUUUAAUAGUCAUGUACAAAUACUAACAAUCAUAAUACAAUAACAGUAUACUGCUUAGUUUAGUGCAAACUAACAUUCAAAAAUAAUUGAAGUGCAGUAUUCUACUGUAGUUUAAUACAUAACAGUGACAGAAAGGUUCUUUAGGUCAGCAUUGGAUAAUUCACCAUCAGUGUACAGCUGACUACUAAGCAGUAUGUAAAUGUAAAAUUGGAUCAUGUAGCAGUCAGUUGGAGAGGUUAGUGAGGGAGAAUGUUGCCGUGAGCUCUUUCUGUGGGCUGGAAUACAUAAUGGAGCAGUUGUUUUGUUGAAAACCACCUCUUAUCAUCUGUUUACUGAUACACUUCAUCUUUGGGCACUCAGUUUGAUCCUUGAACUAUUUGAGUUCUGUCUCCCUCUGUGCAGCAACCACUCUGAGCCUCUGUUCUAUUCAAAGUUGCCCAUAGGUACAGAUCUAGGAUCAGCUCACUUUACCUGAAUAUUAACCUUAAAGCUGGAAUCCGUUGUGGUGAAACUGCCACGUCCGUUUGCAAUAUUACAACAACAAACACGUUACUUCAAACAAUGAAGGAACGUGUUUUUCCUUUCUGACAUCAUUGCAUGCACUAUUCUGCCUAUAGAGCAAAGGCCAUUGGAUCACAUUUCACUUCAGAAGCUAACUGCAGGUCUUGGGUCAGGGGUUAAAAACACAUUUCACUUUCAGUCAUUUAGCAGACGCUCUUAUCCAGAGCGACUUACAGUAGUGAAUGCAUACAUUUCAUACAUUUUUUUUUCCUUUUUGUACUGGUCCCCCAUGGGAAUCAAAACCACAACCCUGGCGUUGCAAACACCAUGCUCUACCAACUGAGCCACACGGGACUGCAUGUCAGGUGUGCCACAUGGAGUAGAAGGACUAAUACUAUACUGUACAUGUAUAGUGUAAUGUUAUUGGAGUAUAUCUAAUAAUUAUAUGUAAUCCAUAGAAACUGUUCAUAGAAACUGAUCUUAGGUCAGUUUUCUGGUUGAGGUGCUUAAUGGUUUAAGUUAGGAUUUGUGGAGGGACAGCUGAUCCAAGAUCUGUGUGUCCACUUUGUUUAGCCAGUAGACUUCAUGCAUCGGGUUCUUCCUGGUCAGGUCACAUUCUCAUGAAAAACUCCUCCCACAGUAGCACAGAAAAACACUAGUAUGGCACAAGUUAGAAGUUGUUUAUUGCACAAGCUAUUUUAUCACUGUAUAACAGGGGUGUCAAACACAUUUUGCGAUGGGGCCACAUUCAUUUCAACGAGGUCCAUCUAAAUUUGCAAUAAAUUGUCCUCUAUCCAUCAUUUUUUGAAUUUGCCUUGCUCCCUGGCUGUCUAGCGUUCAUUUGGGUGAUUAUUAGCUAGCUGGACAAAGUAUAUUGAGUUUGUUAUCCUACACAAAAAAAACACCCACAAGCCAGAUUGGACCCCCUCGCGGGCCGGAUCCGCCCGCAGGCCGUAUGUUUCACAUCCCUGGACUGCACAAACUCGAGAAAAGCAGGUCUGGUUAAAUCCGGACAGUAAACUGUCAGGGGAGGCGUCAUCAACAGCAGCACAGGGAGAUGCAGACUUAGAGUAAAAAGCCGUUCGAUCCAAUUGAGUCUGACACCGUCCGGCAACCAUUACAUUUUAGCAGGUGUCUGCAGUCCCCUCUCUCUUGCAUUUGGGUGAAUGUUAUAUUUCGUUUGGAGAGACAGAGAGCGCAGACACUACUUUAUUGGAAGAAAACAUAAAAUUGGCUUUUAAAGGGCUAUACAAGGUCCAAUUGUGAGCACUAGUCAUUCAUUCAUUGUGCUGUCUAAGACAGGUUGGGAACAUUGUCACAGUACCUCCCUCAGGGAACACUAGAAACCGACAAAGGAACAUAAAAAAACACUCUAGAAUGCACUGGUGACGAUUCCAAGAGACACUCUAGAAUGCACUGGUGACGAUUCCAAGAGACACUCUAGAAUGCAGCGGUGACGAUUCCAAGAGACACUCUAGAAUGCAGCGGUGACGAUUCCAAGAGACACUCUAGAAUGCAGCGGUGACGAUUCCAAGAGACACUCUAGAAUGCAGCGGUGACGAUUCCAAGAGACACUCUAGAAUGCAGCGGUGACGAUUCCAAGAGACACUCUAGAAUGCAGCGGUGACGAUUCCAAGAGACACUCUAGAAUGCAGCGGUGACGAUUCCAAGAGACACUCUAGAAUGCAGCGGUGACGAUUCCAAGAGACACUCUAGAAUGCAGCGGUGACGAUUCCAAGAGACACUCUAGAAUGCAGCGGUGACGAUUCCAAGAGACACUCUAGAAUGCAGCGGUGACGAUUCCAAGAGACACUCUAGAAUGCAGUGGUGACGAUUCCAAGAGACACUCUAGAAUGCAGUGGGUGAGGGAGGGGGAUUUUCUCUCUUUUUCUUUCAUUUUUGGUCAUCAUCACAUCUUCAAGAGUGAGCCAUAUUUUCACUAACUCCUAGUGAAUGUUACUGCCUAUUUUACUUACAGACAAUUCCUGACCCAAUAUCCCCUGAGAGAUACACAGAAUAGCACGUUUCACGGAACAUUCCUAAUGGUACACUGAACAUGGCUACUGCUUCAAAUAUCACUGACUAUUGCUGUGAGUUGGAAUGUCCCCUCCACUUCUAUCCUAUAUGGUGAGCACUGUCUGUCGACCAUGGUGUGAGGCUGGACAUAAGGACCAACAUAGAAUUCAUUUGUUUUGUCAUCUUGUAAUAGCAGAAGAUAUUAUCAAUCAUAUCAUAAGUGAAGUUGCCAAAUAAUGUUUAAUCUAUUUAUGAAUUCUAAUAUGUAAAUGUAAUUAUCUUGUAACAUUCCAGGCCAGUUGGCAGCUGAGAGAUAAAUAUGAAGUAGCUAUUUUAGUUUUAUCGAUAUUAGUUUAUUCACUGUGCACAGAAUCAUAAACCAACUGGACAUAUGGGUAUACCAAUGAACAUUUAUAUUCAAGAUGUGUAUUAUACAUUGAUUUAUUUUCAUGGGAUUUAAUCAUUGUCAAGAUAUAGCUUACUUCUUAUUAGCUGCCAGCCUUGUAUUCUCUUGUAUCCGCAUGUUGUUUCCUCACAGAGAUGUAUUCAAAGGAAGAAACGGGACGUUUUGUUUAGAGUCAAAGGUCAACUCCAUUUCAAUCGCUUGUCAGUUGAACUGGACAAUAGAAUUUCUCUAUAGGACAGAAGUUAAAUUCCUAUAUUGACUGUUAAGACAACACUGUCGGCUUUAAUGAUGCAUGCCUCUGUGAAAAGUUUACUGACCAGCAGCCUCUCAACACUGUUAGCAGCGUAGUAAUAUAAUUAUUAGUGGGGGGAGCAGUCAAAUUGCUUUGGACUGAGGGUCAAAAACCCAUCUAGGAAUUAUAUUUCUAUGGUAAGCUGAGCUUGGCCUGCGACUGAUGCAGGAAGAAAGUCAGUCUUGAUGUUUGAUCCAGAUCCUGAGGUAAUAGCAGUAGUCCUAGUUGCACUAAGAGACAAGCAGUGCACUACAGUAACUUGACAGGUAAUUUGACCUUUGCUCAUCCUAUAAAUAUAAAGCAGUAUCCUGAAGGCUAAAUUAAUGCUAUUAUUGCCAAGCAGAUGGUUGGAAAUCUAUGUGUAUAUUUCUAUGUUUUAUUCAGGUUCUGGGGUUAUAUGCUUUUUGGGGGUUGGGGUAUAUAAAGAUAGUUUACUGUGCUUUUUCUAUAUGCGUUUAUUAACUACUACCUGAAUGAAGCCAUGUUACUUUCAAUCAAAUGAUUACAUGUAUACUUAGCAUUCCUACUGCACUACCUCUAUAAGGUGAUGUGUAUAUAAAAAAACAAGACUUCUAUUUUCAUUUGAAGAUUUAUUAUGAGUUUUUGUGUGUUUACUGCCAAAAUCCACCUAUAUCCAUCCUUACUGCUCAACUGGAGGCUUGGGGAUUUGGAUGAUAAGGGGACUUGGAUAAUGGGAGGGAGUGGGGGGGUGGGUCAUGCCAUUCUCAUGAAUGAGACUGUAUGAUUCUGUACUGUGUUUUGAAUGCCAUGGGAAAGGAGGAUAUAGCUUGAUGUAAAUAAGGAAAUCUGUUUAAUUCCAUAAUAGUCAGCACACAAAUCUUUUCAGGUAAUGGGGUGAUGGUUGGGGGAGGGAUAGAGAGGGGUAGGGGUGAUAGGGGAGAUAGUGGUGGUGGCUGGGGUUGGCAUUUGAAGAUUGUGACUUACUUCAGCAGUUUCUUAGCACAAUAUACAAAAUGUAUAGAUGAUUGAGAGAUGGGGAUUAGGAGAGUUGUAGGUAAUGCCGAGGGGAGAAGAAGGGGACAUGAUGAUGUCUUUGAAACCACAGCUCUCUUAGAGUGCUCAUGUCUCUCCUAUACUUGCUGCUUUGACAAUUAUAAAGUUCAUAUGCUUUAAUUUAUUUGCUUAUUUAUUGGGUUAUAUUUAUUACUUUUCCUUGUAUUUAUUAUUUUUAUUUCCUGUUUUUUUUUCAGAUAUGAAUGAUACAGAAUGCUUACUGGGGCUUUUUCUCUCUGUACUUUUUCAAUUUUACAAUAAAAUAUUCUAAUAGUACCGUAACAUCUCAAAA